AUGUUGCCCCUGGACUAUCAGUGGGGCAAGUUUGGGGGGAAAUUACUCGAUAUGGAUGGGCGUCAUAAAUACGAAUUCGAUGCAAAUGGAGUUGGGUGCAGAUUCUGGACUACUAAUCAGAUUAAUCUUUUAUACCAACUUCGAUUUGUCGGUAACGCAUCCCAGGUUGCGGCGGCAAAAGCAGGAAUUCUCAAGCUGUGGCCAGAUCAGUCACCACUUCCCCUUGAUCAGGGGGCUUACUACCAAUGA